AUGUAUAAUUUAUGUUUGCUUUUCUUCCGCUUGUUUUUUUUAGCACAGUUUUUUGCUGAAGCAUCACCGUUAACAUUUGAGCUGAACAAAGGUCAAAAGGAGUGCUUAUAUACGCUAACUCCGGACAUUGACUGUACGAUCUCAUAUUAUUUUGCAGUGCAACAGGGAGAGAGUAACGACUUUGAUGUUAAUUACGAAAUUUUUGCUCCAGAUGACAAAACCAAACCAAUAAUCGAGAGAUUCGGUGAGCGUCAAGGUGAAUGGUCAUUUGUAGGCCAACAUAAGGGAGAAUACGCUAUCUGCUUUUACGGUGGUAAAGCACAUGAUAAGAUUGUAGAUCUGGACUUCAAGUACACUUGUGAGCGUCAAGAUGAUGUUCGAAAUGAAAGACGCAAGGCGAGAAAGGCCCAGAGAAAUCUGAGAGACUCUAAAACCGACCCUUUACAAGAUAGUCUGGAAAAUUCAAUAGACACCAUAGAAAGGCAACUUCACGUUUUGGAACGUAACAUACAGUACUAUAAGAACAGGAAUACCAGAAAUCAUUACACCGUUUGUUCAACAGAGCAUAGAAUUGUAAUGUUUUCCAUUUACGGUAUCUUAUUAAUUAUCGGAAUGAGCUGCGCUCAAAUCGCCAUAUUGGAGUUUAUUUUCAGAGAAUCAAGAAAGCAUAAUGUGUAA